CCGACCCUCGCCUGACAUGUCUGCUACUCUGCUAUCUUCUUAAAUUAUCAAUUGCAUAUUCACAAUUAAGCUUCUCCUUCUUGAGUAUUUCAAAUAUGGAAGCCAACAUCUCCAUCCCCGGCGGCCUAAUUCAGACGUACAUUAAAUAACAUACUGAAUUCGAACCUGAUAGUUCCGGUGUGGAUCCCGCUGCCGGAGCAGCGAUGAUGUGUGGAGGGGCAGAAGGUGGUUCACUGCAGCCACAGAGCCGGCCGGAACAGUAGCGCAGGCCACGGCAUUCUUUCAAGACUUGAGAUGGAUGGUGUUGGUCCCAAAGCUGGUGCCGGAAAAUCCAAAGGUGGGGCGGGAUGAGUAGUUGUGCCGGAAAAGCCAAAGCAAUGCCGGAUUAGGCGGCGGUGAUGGCGAAGACAGAGUUGCGGCAGCGACAGGCAGCUGUGGUGGUUGCGGCGGUCGUGGCGGCGACUAGCGACCAUGGUGGCCGCAGCAGCGGUGGUUGCAAUUGGUGGCGGCGGUAGCAAACCUUGGCAACAACAAUUCUGGCUAGUGGUCGCGCACGGAGAACAGGGGACUCUUUAUUACCUAAUUACCCCUGCUUUAAUAAAACCUCACGCGGCCACACCAGUCCUGCAUUCCAUCGAUCAGCAUCUCUCCUUUUCCACAUCAACCGCAGGCAAGCCGCGAGCUCCUCUCCUAGGUAAAUCGAUCGCAACGAUGGAGCUUCUCUUCCGCACAACCUACUCCGGCCAGCCAGCAUGCGUUCAGAAAUUGGUACAAUACAUUCCAGAAAAUGUAGCUGUGACUAAAAACAUGUCAACAUCUUCGGAGAAGGAUCUAGAAGUGGCACCGUUCUCACUGUAGGAAGGGUAAAUCGCCUCACCGGAGGUGUGCAUCAGCAAUCUUAGCAGCAUCAGCGGCGGCGGUGGUCUCAGCGGCGGCGGCGGUCUUAGCGGCAGCGGCCGUGCACUGAAGGUGAUGAAGACGUGCGGUUUGGAGUCCACGCUACUUAUCUGCAUCGUUGAAUGAGGCGGCUGGAGAAGGACUUUGUUUUUUAUUUGACCCUUAAUUUCAUUAAGGACAAUUUUGUCUAAUCACUUCAUUUUUGGUCCUAUAAAAUAUGAGUCCUAUUUGUGCACUUGAACAUUGAUUUAGUCCUAUUCCCGGAAUUAUUAUCCGUAUUACUACCUCCGUUCUUAAAUAAAUGUAACUGAUGGAGUAAUGGGACUAGGCCCAGAGCCUAAUCGGCCCAAGCCCCGAACUUGGACCCGUGGAUCCAAGUCCACCACCUGGAGCUUG